UUCAAUUUCGCGACUUCAAAAAACCAAACCAAAAAAGCAACAAAAAUAAUUGUUCAUUUCGCAAGCUCAUUAACAUUGAUAGCUUGUGCAAUGAGUGUAAGUGAUGCUUCAGGUGACCCUGUAAUACUUGCCACUGCUGGUUAUGAUCAUGCAAUUCGUUUUUGGCAGGCGCACAGUGGGAUUUGUUACAGGACUGUGCAACACCCGGAUUCACAAGUAAAUGCAUUAGAGAUCACACCAGAUAAACUGCUGAUUGCUGCAGCAGGGUACCAACACAUCCGCAUGUAUGAUCUGAACUCCAACAACCCCAAACCUGUGAUAAACUAUGAUGGAAUAAGUAAGAAUGUGACGGCCGUUGGUUUCCAUGAGGAGGGGAAGUGGAUGUACACAGGUGGAGAGGAUAACUCUGCCAGGAUUUGGGACCUCAGAUCUAGAAACUUACAGUGCCAAAGAAUAUUUCAAGUGAAUGCGCCAGUAAACUGUAUAUGCCUCCAUCCAAACCAGGGUGAACUGUUUAUAGGAGACCAAAGUGGAACAAUACAUAUAUGGGACCUGAAGACAGAUAAAAAUGAGCAUUUAAUACCUGACCCUGAUGCCUCUAUACAGUCUAUCAGCAUUGACCCUAUGGGAACAAUGAUGUCAGCAGUAAAUAAUAAGGGUCAGUGCUAUAUUUGGACCCUCACAGGUGGCAGGAAUGAUGACCCCACAAUGUUGCAUGAGAAGGAUGACUUUACCGUGAGCCCCAGAUACGCUCUCAAAUGCCUCUUUAGCCCAGAUUCAACGCUCCUUGCCACCACUUUAGCUGACAACUGUACCAAGAUUUGGAAGACAGCAGACCUGACUUUGCAUACAGAGCUCAAGGACAGCUCUCAGAGAUGGGUGUGGGAUUGUGCCUUCAGUGGGGACUCACAAUAUAUCAUCACAGCAUCGUCAGACAACAUGGCACGGCUCUGGAGCGUGGACACAGGAGAGGUCAAGAAAGAAUACAGUGGCCACCAGAAGGCUGUAGUGUGUCUCGCCUUCAGAGAUGAGUCCAUACAGUAACAUUUCAUACGUUGUUCAUGUAUGGACUUCUAUAUGUGUUCAUUGUUUUUAUUAUGUAUUAUGAUAAUUUGUACUAAAAAUAAUUUUUACUAAAAAUCAAAAUUAAGUGGGGUUUUUUUUUUAAAGCUGUUUUUAAGAAAAGAAGGCUUAGAAAUCACAGCUCCAAUUUACAGUUACACCAGCUACUACCUUACAUUUCUAACUUCCUUCAUUGUUGAUAUUUCAGAUGAUUUUAAGCUAAUCUUUUUUAAUCAGAAAAAAGGCGAUGUCAUUGUCUUUACACUUAAUGUGCAAAGGCUUGAAACUUAGACAUAAAUAUAGAACAUUCUAGAUAUUCAAAUUAGCCAGAAAUAUAAUGCCUAUUUGUAGCAACUCUGGCAAUAAUAAUAAUAAUAUUAGAAAUUGUUCAAUUGUGUCCAUUUUCAACGAAAAUCCCCGAAUUGACAGUCUUUAAAACAAGUAUAUGGAAUUUUGAUUUGGCCUUCAAUUUUUUUUUUUUUUUUCAUUUUAAUGCAUUAUCAUGUUUAACUCAUUUGAAUUUAAUUAUCAAAACAAAAAGAAGCAUAUGAAUUGUGUACAGAUAAAAAUAUAUUAGUGAUAUUUUGGCGCUUUUUUGCUGGAAAAUUUCUGGCUAUGUAUCAAUUUAUUCAAAACAAAUAUUUAUAAAGGCUAAUAUUUUUAUGUAUAGGGCAGAUUCAGGUAGCUAUGUAUGUUGUUUUCUUAGCACAAAGGUGUUUGACAAGCAAUAAUAAACAGCAAGGCAAGCAUC